CUUUCAUAACUACUUUCUCACUUCAAUAGUUGAGCCAAAGAUGUACAACAUUGAUAGCCCUCCCCGCCCCCAGUGUGAAAUUGAAUUUGAAGCAGUCCUGUAGAUUAUUAUUGCCCGGAUGUUAGGAACUGAAACCGAGAGAAGCAGCUGUUUUACUCUUAGACAAGGAUUCUUCAACUCUUCUGACCUGAAGUUCACACUGAUUUUUUUCUUAUGAACGCUUUCUUUUUUCUUUUGAUGAUCAAGAUUAAACCUGAGGCUUCAUAAAUGCACACUACCACAUGCUACUGUCCAGCGAGCUGAAUCUCCAGUCUCCAUCUUACUGGGUUUUUUGGAAACAGGGUUUCUCUGUGUACCUCUGGCUGUCCUGGAACUUGGUCUGUAGACCAGGCUGACCUUGAUUGAACUUACAGAGAUCCGAUGCCUCUGCCUCUCAAGCAUUAUGGAUCCAAGCCUGUUGAGAGACAGAGAGCUAUUCAAAAAACGAGCUCUUUCCACCCCUGUGGUAGAAAAACGUGCUGUGCCUUCUGAGUUGCCCUCUGCCUCAUCCAAGAAGAAGAAAGCAAAGGUCGAACACGGAGGGUCAUCAGGCUCCAAACAAAACACAGAUCAUAGCAAUGGAUCAUUUAACUUGAAAGCACUAUCUGGAAGCUCUGGAUAUAAGUUUGGUGUUCUUGCGAAGAUUGUGAAUUACAUGAAAACACGGCAUCAGCGAGGAGAUACAUAUCCUUUAACUUUAGAAGAGAUUUUGGAUGAGACACAACACUUGGAUAUUGGACUCAAGCAGAAACAAUGGCUAAUGACUGAGGCUUUAGUCAACAAUCCCAAAAUUGAAGUGGUAGAUGGGAAAUAUGCCUUCAAGCCAAAGUACAACCUGAAAGAUAAGAAGGCCCUGCUCAGGCUUCUGGAUAACCACGACCAGCGAGGGUUAGGAGGGAUCCUGUUAGAGGACAUUGAGGAAGGACUGCCUAAUUCCCAGAAGGCUGUCAAGGCUUUAGGGGACCAGAUACUGUUUGUAAACCGUCCUGAUAAGAAGAAAAUACUUUUCUUCAAUGAUAAAAGCUGUCAGUUUUCUGUGGAUGAAGAGUUCCAGAAACUGUGGAGGAGUGUCACUGUGGACUCAAUGGAUGAGGAGAAAAUCGAAGAGUAUCUGAAGCGACAGGGGAUUUCUUCCAUGCAGGAAUCUGGACCAAAGAAAGUGGCCUCCAUUCAGAGAAGGAAAAAGCCUGCUUCACAGAAGAAGCGGCGGUUCAAGACCCACAAUGAACACUUGGCUGGAGUGCUGAAGGAUUACUCAGACAUUACCCCUGGCAAAUAGGGACCAUUUCUAUCCUCAGACAAGGUUACAGACACACUGUCAAGAUCUUUCCUGAAGCUUGGGGUCUGAAGACUUUCUGCCUUCCCGUCUGCUCCUCGGGUCUGAGGACAGGAGCAGUUGAGUUUACAGAACAGGAGCGGAUUACCAAACUCAGCUAUCAUCACCCAGCAGACUAGUGGGGAACGGUUCCUGUUAACUCCUGAGGUUGCUUGGUUUUAUAUUUUUCUAGAAAGACACAUAGCAUGGCAUGCAGGUGUCUUUGCUAUUUGUCUUGAUUUCUAGAUGGUUCUUGAUUCCAUGUUUUCUCGAUUGCUUUAGAACAGGUUGGCAGAUAGUGCUGACUGCAAUAUUUCUUUAUUCCAAGAGAAAAUAUUUAUAAUAAAAUCAUUUGUAGGAGGAUCUUUAAGAAGUUAGGAAAUUCAGUUUGUCUUUCUUAAUUCUUGGAAAUAGCAGGGAACAGCCUCAGUCACUGAUUGCUUGGGUGGGUGUUUGGGAUGUCCCAAAGAUUGGAGUCAGUACUGUUGGCAAGUGUGUGGAUUUCAUCUUUGGAACACAGGGUAUGACUCUGGUUAAUAAGCUAAGCAAUAAAAUUACACUAAACGUAA